AUGAGUCACUGGUCGCCCGGUCAUGCCAGCGCGACCGAGUGGGACGCCCUGUGCUCAGUCUGCCUGCUGGUGCUAGUAUACUCGGUGGGUCUGUGCCACGUGCCUCCGAUGCUGAUCAGCGAGCUGCUCCCUCUGAAGAGGCGGCGCUACCUCAGUACCUCGAUCCUCUGGGUCUGGCGCUGGCUGAUCGCCUUCGUGAUUGUCCACUUCGACGCGCACAUGCGGAGUGCCGGCGACUUCGAGAGCUUGUCGCUCGCGAUCGGGCUAGCGGUGCUGCUAGUCGCCGCAGCCGCAGUUCCCUUUGUGCCGGAGACCGAGGGCCGCACGUUGGCCGCCAUUCAUCGCGAGGAGUGA